AGGGGGGGAACUUUUAAGGACAAGGGAAAAAAAGAGCCCAAAUCACGGAAGAGAUUCUACUAGUUUGGCAAGUCCGCAGGGCUCAAAGCAGCACAGAAAAAAGGCGGAGAAGAGGACCGAAAGUCAUUUUUGGCGCACAUUUUACACAGUUCUCGUAUCCCGCAGACGCUAAGCGACAGGGGAGUCAUGGAGGGUGCCAUCCAGGCCUUGGUGAAAACCUUCCUAAAGUCAGCCAAAGGAAAAGAGACUCUAGGAAAGAAAGAGUUCCAAAGCCUCGUCUCAUCCCAGCUCGGCAAUAUCCUUACGGGCACAGACAGCAAGGAAGCAAUCAACAACAUGGGCCAGCAACUAGACUCCGACAAUGAUGGCAAGGUUGGCUUUGAGGAAUACUUGAAGCUAGUUGGCUACCUAGCCUGCUCACUCAGCGAGCAGCGUAGCCUCAACAAGGAGGAACCUGCAAACAAUGCUGCAUCCGGACAAGUGGUACAAAGCUCUCCAGAUAAAGCAGCAGAACAACCCAAAGAGAAUGCAGAACCAAAUGAGGAAGCAAAGCCAAAGGAAAACGAAGGAACAAAGGCAGAUGUGACUGCUGAGGCAAAGGUAGAAGCAAAAGUAGAUGCUAAUGUGGAGGUGAAGGUAGAAGCAAAGGAAGAGGGAGAAACGAAGCCUGAGGUAGCUAAGGUGGUAGCAGCAGUGCCAGAAGUAAAAGCUACUGAGAAAGAGCCAGAGAAACCUGAGGAAACACCACAGGUGGAGGAACCAACAGAGAAGUCACCUGAGAAGGACGGAGCGGAGAAGACAGAAGAGGCAUCUUCAUAGGGGACAAGCCAUGUUUUUACAAAAGUCACACUACAGAAGCAUCCCUUCAGAAAACGUAACUCCCAAAAAAGUUUGAAAGCCACUAUUUUUAUAUACAUUAAAAUCCAAUUAUACUUUAAACACUACAGAAACACUAUUCUUAUAUAUGAUUAAGUACAUGACAAUAUCUUUGUACUACUUUUACCACUAUGUUUAUAUGUACAGCAUGUACAUCCCACUAUAUAGCACAUUUACCUCAUGAUGGUAUACCAUGACAGCAUGCAGUUUUACACUAUAAUGUCCAUGCAGUAUCCAUGUGAAAGCUUCCCUGAAAACUAUGAUUUUCCUGCACACUUGACUGAAGUAUUUUAACACACCAUUACAAACUAGAGCCCUUCCAUCCAUGCUUUCUCUUUCUGGGUAGUUUUCACUUUCUUUCUCAAUUCCACUAUCAGUCAAACGGGUCCUUUGUAAAACUUUGGCAAUAAUCACCUUGCCAGGCUCAUGUGGCUUAAAGGAUUAAUGGGACAUUUUGCCAACUUGCUAGCCAAAAUUUAAAAAAAUAUUUAACUCGAUAAAUGUUUGGUUCUGUCAAAAAAUUUACAUUAAAAACAAUAAAAGAAAACUUAACAAGCACCCUUAAAUCUUACUGAUUACAUUGUGACCUCUUGUUUUUAUUUCAUACAAGCACAAUUUUGUUAGCAUCUGAGGCUAACAGUAAGGAUAGCUGCUUUUCUAUAUUAGCUUAUCUUCUUUAUUGCGCUGAUGGUAUAUUUUUGUGAUUCAACUUCAAAAUGUUCCUCAAUUUGGUGCAUUUAAAUGUGUUUUUAUAUAUUUCAUUAGAUUGAGAAUAGACUAAAAUAUAGCUUCUUUUAGGAUUAGCUUGGAUGUUUAGCAGAAGGUGGUUUGACAGAUAUGAAAUAGCUGUCUUCCUCGGUUAGCAUGGUGCAUUGUCACAUUCCAUUUAUACUUGAAAUCUGAAAUUUUUGAGUUCCAACUUAAAAAACUGGAACAUCCCUGGAGUAGAAGAUUUUUCACAACCAACUAGGAAAUGUAUUACAAAUCCAAUAUGGCUGACGUAGCAAAAGCAUGUCUAAUUGACAGUUUGAACCACACACCCACACUUGGUACUGCACAGCCUGCCACUGAAAAAGUUUUGCUAAAUGCUAACAGUGGUCUGCAUCACCAUGUAGCACAACUGGAGCUCAUUGGGUUUGCUGUAAUUAUGUUUGUUUUUCUAUGUUAAAAUGUCAAGGUUAGCUUUAGCUAACGGUGUCCUUGUUCAACUUGAACCUAUUAGAAUGCCCUAACAUUUGUUUAUAUGGUGCAUUUAAACCAGUCAGUUGUUAGAUGUUCCUUUAACUUGGUGUUUUGGUUCAUUUAGCUUCACUUUAACAAACAGGCUGACAUAAGAUUUAGCUUGUAGCCUAUGAUGUUAACAAGAAGUGUUAUGACAGAGCAAUUUCUUCAUUUCUCUUUCAGCAUGGUGUGUUGCUGCAUUUGUAUUUGGUAGUAAAGAUUUUAGAGUUUCAAGUUAAAUAUUAUGAACUGGAAAAUACCUGUUGUUGGACUUUCUAGCUCAAAAGUCAGAUACAUCUCCCAAACCUGACUUUAAAAUACAAUAUGGCUGCCAAAUGAAUAAACAAAAUGAUACUGGCUGUAAUAGUGUAUUUAUUUUUCGGUUCUGGUGGUUUGAAACUCACGAGUUGUAAACAAAUUCCACUGAUUUUUAACUUGCAGCUGGAACAAGUUGGUUGUGAAAAAAUUCCUCAGUUUGAAUUCUGACUUCCAGGGUUAAUAGAGCACAUUUAGCUUAGCAUUAUUUUCCCCUGAAAGUGGUUGUUUUCUCUAUUCAACUUGAACCUGUAAAAAUGUCAAUGUUCCUUUAAUGAAUGCUCUGAAAUCUCUUUUUUUUUUUUUCAAGCUAAUGCUGUGGCUAAUUUAACAAAACAAUAAACAAACUAAUUUGCUAAAGUUCUGCAUACUUCAUCUCAUCUUAAUUGUUUUCUCAUGGCCCAUGUUCUUUCUUUUUCUUGUGAACAUUGUGAUCUAUCUCAUUUCUUUAACUUUGUCUGCAGCCUUCAGUGUGUUCCCCUUAACUCGUACUCAGACAUGAACUGGGAAUUGAAACGUUGGGUGUGACCUUUGGCUAAAUAAUUAAGGCACUGGGAGGGAAUCUACACCUAAAGUACCAAUAAGGUCAAAAAGGGAGCCCAGAAUAGUCCUGUGGGAGUGAGCUGGGGACUAGCAGGGCAGGUCAGAAAAGGUGCUUGUGCAACUUUAUCCCCCUGAUUAGGUGUUAAAGAAACAACUGUAACAAACCACCAAGGAAUCAAAAAACUAAUCUUACUGGAAGUCUUCUUUUAGUUAUCUUGCUAUGAAAGCACAUAGGGUUCUUGGAGUGACCCACUUCUUGAAAAGCUCAGCGAUGUAAAUACGCCAAAAACCUUUCUUAACUCUCUGUAUUACAGAUCAGAACUGGUUGCUGGUUUGAGCACCAGCUGUUUGUUCUUAGGUUUUGUCGGUCACACCCUUGUAUAUUUUAAACACCCUGUUUGACCUGCAACUGGAUCCUUGAGCAUUAGGCAUUGGGAAAUUACUGGAUUAGGCAUUCAGGAGUAACACACCCAGGGACGCAGACAAUUGUGUUGAAGUAAUCCUGGAUAUGGGAUUACUCUUCAUGCCUACCGGUGGUUGUGCUUUUGUUUAUCAAGGAGCAAAACUGAGUGUAUCAUAUUGCAUUUUGUGUGAUAUACCAUUUUAUAAUUAUUUUAACCACUAUUCAUUUUUUCUUCCUUUACAUUUAAUAUUAAGAUGUAUUGCUAACGCAUGGUUAACCACUGCAGAGAUUACUUGCUAAACAAAGUGCCAAAUUCUGCUUGACUGUUGCAGGCCUGCAUCAUGUUAUAGCCAUUUAUGUGCUCCUCCACACACUACUAAAACAUUGCACCUUGUUCCCCAUCAGAACACAUAGAACUUCAUACUGCUGCCAAACAAAAAUGGGAAGGAUAAAUAAGCACAGAUCAUGUGAUCACCUUGCCUCACAGAGACACUCCCAUUGUAAAUACUCAUUUACACUUACUCGAUGCAGCUUUUAUGCCCACAGUGCACAAUGCUUCCUGUGUUAGCUGCCGCUAACAAACUGGUCUUAUCAUUACUUCUUAAUUAAAAUCUCUUCCUUUUUUAAUGCAUUUUGGUACUUUUUGAGUCGCCUGAACCACCUACAGCUCAUAUGGGCCUGUGAUCGCUCAAUUAGGGUACAGUAGGGUGGUUUGGUGAAUUGCACUACCAGUAGAGUCCAACCUAUUGUGGGCACACUUAGAUUUAACAUCCUCUAGAAGAUGAUUUAUCACCAGUGUUCUUCAUUUGAAGCCAUCUUCCUUUUAACUGUUUAUAAUGCUGGUUGCUUUAAUGUCCCGUAGCGAAAAUCAACCCAGCUUUAAAUGAUUAUAAAAACAUACUGGAACUGGAGCUCAGUAGAUAUGGAGCAGGGAGUGUUCGCAUUCCCACACAAUAAAUCUCCUUCAUUAUUUUCAUUAUCAGAUACAGUGGAUGAAGAUGAAAGAUAUUAAUUCCCAAACUGGAACAGCAAGUAUAUAUAAAUAUAUGAAUAUGCCUUUAUGGCUCCCUGGGUCAAACUGUUUGUGAUAAUGGAAAGUUUCCCAGGAUGCCGCGCAGGCCCUCAUCUGUUUAUUUUUAGGAGUGUGUGUGUGUGUGUGUGUUUGGCAGCAGGACUCAUAUCAGUCCACUGUCACUGUUCUUAUAUUUCAUAUGUAAUGCUGUAUCAUGUUUUUCUAAUAAUCUAUGUACUGCCUAAUAUAGAAUAAAACUGUGACAGUGACAUUUUUUUAA